AUGCUCAUAACCCUCAAUCCUCCGACCUCAUGCGUAUCAGGUGGUCUCCCCCUUACAGGAACUUUUAAACUUAACAUCGACGAUUCUUUUUCCAAAGAUCGCAAUAAAGGCGGUACUGGAGGUGUUAUUAAGGAUCAUAAUGGCAACUGGGUAAUAGGAUUCUACCAUAACAUCACUUCUCAAAGCCACACCAUGGUUGAAAUCGAAGCUCUUCUUGAUGACCUAAAAAUAACUGCUGAUUGUUCUAUUGUCCCCAUUGAAAUUGAACUUGACUCCAUUGAGGUAAUUGAAGCGUUAGAAGAUACUCAAUCUAUUUACGCAUCAAAAAUAAAUUCUUACGGGUUGCUUAUGAAGAGGUUGGGGAAUCCACUAGUCCGCCAUAGCUUCCGACAAGCAAACAAAGUAGCAGACUUUUUGUCAAGACUAGGUACCAAGCUAACACCGUCCGCACAAGCUACUAUAUUAUCUACUCCUGCAGAUCAUACUAUGUCUCUAAUCAAGGAUGACCAACAAGGAGUGAUAUCUACUAAACUAGUUUUAAGGACUACUUGUAAUAAGUUAGCUUGUUUUGAUAAUCUAACUGUAAUAGCCAGCUAUGGUGACAAUGUAGAGGCCAAUAAGCCUCACAACCGUGUAACUCCCUAA